GUUUCCUCGGGCUCGUGAUGACGAACCCCGUCUAUAAAUAUACAUUGUUUCGCCCCAACUUCAGAUUUUAUUCACUCCUCAUCAGACUUCUCGUCACUCUGUAUCAAGACAAUAGCUCCUUUUUAUCCCAAAUCUCCCUCACGCAACACUUGCCCUUCGGCCAUAUCAACCAACAUGAAGCUGUCUGCGAUUACCCUCCUCGCCAUCACAUCCGGCAUCAUGGCGGCUCCUGCCGCUGAGCCAGGUGCCCCUGGCAAAUACGGGGAUUCUGGUUCUCCCAACAAUGCCUACGGCAAGGACAUAUAUCCGUACAACCACUACAGUCACAAGGAUCACAAGAAUCACGAUGAUCAUAAUGAUUACAAUAAUUACAAUCACCACAAGGAUCAGAAGGAUUACGAGGAUCACGAGGAUCACAAGAAUCACAAGAAUCACAAGAAUCACAAGAAUCACAAGAAUCACAAGAAUCACAAGAAUCAUAAGAAUCACAAGAAUUACAACGAUCACGAUGUUUACAAUGAUUACAAUGAUUACAAUGAUUACAAGGACCGCAAAGAUUACAAUCACAAUGAUUAUAAUCACCGCAAGGACCACGACGACCACAAGGGUUACAAAGAUCACAAGAAUGACAAUGAUUACAAGGAUCCCAAAGACCACAAGGAUCACAAGGAUCACAAGUACCACAAGGGCCACAAAGAUCACAAGUACCACAAGGAUCACAAGUACCACAAGGAUCACAAAGACCACAAGGAUCACAAAGACCACAAGGAUCACAAGGAUCACAAGUACCACAAGGGCCACAAAGAUCACAAGUACCACAAGGAUCACAAAGACCACAAGGGUUAUAAUGAUCACAAGGGUCACAAGGACCACAAGGAUCACAAGGACCACAAGGACCACAAGGAUCACAAGAACCACAAGGACCACAAAGAUCACAAGGACCACAAAGAUCACAAGGAACACAAGGGUUAUAAUGAUCACAAGGGCUAUGGCGAGGACUACGGCAGGUACGGAUAUUAAUAUAUUACCCAAUCAUUGCUUGGUAUUGCUUAAAGGUAGGCAAGACCAUGGAGUGUGAUAGUCGCGCCUAGGAAGAUUAUUAUUCUGGGGGAAAGAGAUGAUGAGCUUUGAAAUGCGACUGAUCCAGCACCAGAGUUGAUUUUCUGCACAUGAGAAUAGCCAAUAGCUGCCAUUCCUUAUAAAACAAUUAGGCCGUUCCUAACUCCCA